AUGGUUAAGGCAAUUGCAGUUUUGAAGGGAGAUUCUAAUGUCUCUGGUAUCGUCAGAUUCGAACAAGAAUCUGAAGACCAAUCCACCAAGAUUUCUUGGGAAAUCACUGGUAACGAUGCUAACGCCUUGAGAGGCUUCCACAUCCACGAGUUUGGUGACAACAGUAACGGUUGUACCUCUGCUGGUCCACACUUCAACCCAUACAAGAAGACCCACGGUGCUCCAAGCGACGAAACCAGACAUGUUGGUGACUUGGGUAACAUCUCCACCGACGCCCAAGGUGUUGCUAAGGGUAGCGUGACCGACAAGCACGUCAAGUUGCUGGGUCCACUUUCUGUUAUUGGUAGAACCGUUGUUGUUCACGGUGGCCAAGAUGACUUGGGUAAGGGUGGCAACGAGGAGUCCUUGAAGACCGGUAACGCUGGUGGCAGAGUUGCCUGUGGUGUCAUUGGUAUCUCCAACUAA